AUGGAGUUUAGGGUUUUGGAGAAGAAAGAGAGGUUCUUGUGUUUUCAAGGGAAAGGGGACUUACCUUGGCCGAGAAAAGUUUUGGGCCGAUGGAUUUUGUCGCGGUCGAGCGAUUUGGUCGGCCAAAUUCGUGGCGAGAGAUUUCGGCCGAGGCCGAUCGUUGUUUCCCGGAUCGACCGGCACGGUCGGUCCGUUCCGAUACGAAAAUCGGCCGAGCGCGGCCGUUUCUUUCUGUUCUGCGUGCCGCGCACGGUUUCUGUGUCGCGCGAUGAGUCAAUCCGGCCGAGCACAAGCCGUUCCUUCCCGGCUCGACCGUGGUCGGCCAGAAUGGAAUUGCUCGGCCAAAAUCACUUUGCGCGUCCGCGGCCAAUGUUUGGCGCGGAUUGUGUUUUCACACCUUUUUCUCCUUCUAUCCUAUCUUAA